AUGAGCAACACAAAUAUACAUUGGUCACUGCUCGUACUAUCUCAUUAAAACUCUCGUCUAAAAUGUUGAAUAGUUGCCACCACCACUUUCUUCGUUCUCCUCAAAUCUCCCCUCUUCUUCUUCACCACAUCCCUCAUCUUCGACCCAUUUCAAUUCCCAUCCUCUCAGCCCUUCCUCCUUCUAAACCACAACACUCAUGGCCGGCACUGGCAGAGCUUCCUUCAAAGCCACCGGAGCCCACUUCACCACAAGAACAAGGUCCUAUAGAGCUGCCAUUGAAUUCUUAUCCUGCCAUAUUUUCAACCUCAGAUGAUCCUUCUCCUAUUCAGGUGGCUACCAGUGUUCUCCUCACUGGCUCCAUUGGUGUGUUUCUGUUUCGUGCUCUGAGGCGCAGAGCGAGGCGCGUUAAAGAACUGAAAUUUAGGUCAUCAGGGGCAACGAAAACAUUGAAAGAUGAAGCAUUAGAAAGUUUGAAAGCAAUGGGAUCAACUUCAAUUGAUGCUAAGAAACCUCCUACACCAGUUCAGGCAUUUUUAGGUGGAAUUGCAGCAGCUGUAAUUGCUCUUAUACUCUAUAAGUUCACCACUACCAUUGAAGCUUCUCUUAACCGCCAGAACAUUUCAGAUAAUUUCUCGGUUCGUCAAAUAACAAUAACCAUAAGGACAAUUAUAAAUGGCAUGUGUUACCUUGCAACUUUUGUCUUCGGCCUCAAUUCCGUUGGCCUAUUCCUUUACUCUGGCCAGCUUGCCUUAAACUCUUUCAUGGAAGAUUCUCCCACUGAAGAAGGUGAAACUAAAGGCAAUGAGCAGUCAGGUUCACUGAUGUCAGCAUCUGAGAGUCGUACAGACGGUAGUGAAUCUAACAGCAGCCAGGGAGAUCAAAAUCCAGAUAAUUCACAGCAGUGAAAGAGAAAUCAAACUGUCGUAGGCUUCUACUGUUUACAGACUCAUGAAGGGGAUAUUAUUUCAAGAUGAACCGCGUAAAAUUUAAAAGACGAAGAACUGAGAUAAGAAGAGAGAAACCAUAGAAGAUAGAAAUUCAGAGAGAAGAAGCAUCACAUUUCAUUCAUAUUUAGCAUAAACAUUUACAGUAAAGAACUGCUACAUUUAUAGUGUUGCAACACACCUAAAUUCAAAUGCUAGCUAAUACAAAUAACAACCUAACAGAAUACGAAAAUUACGGGAGCAUGCCUUUUGCUAAAUUUUACACAUAACACAAGAACGUACAUGAAAUUGUUUUAAGUUCAGCUCCGUGAUUGAAA